AUGCGUGCAAUUUCCGCAAACGAAGGUGGCAUCCGUGCCUUUUAUCGUGGUCUAGCGCCAAACCUCAUUGGAAAUUCCACCAGCUGGGCUUUGUAUUUCCUGUUCUACGCGAGCCUCAAGGACAUGGCUUGUAGCUUCCGCGGCCAACCAGCGCAUCUUCUCAAGUCUUCUGAUUACUUCUUGACAUCCGGAGCAGCAGGUCUGUACUCUCCCAUUAAACCAGUAUUAUUUUUGAUCUCUGACCAGCUAUCUCUAGGAGUUCUUACCGCACUUAUGACAAACCCAAUCUGGGUGGUCAAGACUCGAAUGCUCGCAACUGGCGCGAACUCUCCUGGAGCCUAUCCCUCGGUCAUUUCUGGGGUCAGACAAAUCUACCAAACCGAAGGACUGCGUGGGUUCUAUCGUGGCCUGGUCCCAUCUUUGUUUGGUGUCAGUCAUGGUGCCUUCCAAUUUAUGGCGUACGAGAAACUGAAAACCUUUUGGUCGAUGGACUCUUCAACAAGCGAGACACAAGGCAAGGGUCGCCCUGGAAGCCAGAGAACUUUUGGUGUCCUGGAUACCCUCGCCCUCUCUGGUACGUCGAAACUAUUCGCCGGGUGUGUGACUUACCCAUAUCAGGUCAUCCGGGCGCGUCUCCAGGUCUUGGAAGCUCAAAUGUUGUACCGCGGAGCUAUGGAUGCAGUCCAUCAGGUCUGGUCCCGGGAGGGUAUUGCAGGAUUCUACCGAGGUCUGGGGCCAAACUUAGUCCGAGUUUUGCCGAGCACUUGGGUCACCUUUGUAGUUUACGAAACAAUCAAGGCGAAGUUGCCUACUUCCACCGGGCAGGCUUAA